GGGAGCUGCUAUGUUUUUGCCUGCUAGAGGUGGAAAUAACAUUUAAGGAACUGAAAGAGGCUGGGUGGAUUUUCAGAAGGGGCCUUUUUAUUUCUUCCCUUCCUUCCUUCCCUCUUGAGUGAAUUGAGGGCGACCUUUCUGUGCGUGGGCACAUGCUUCAGAUUGGCUGGGGCGCUAAGCAGCGUGUAAAGAUGUUCAGGGUCUCAACUGGAUACUGAGAAAAGUAGAGGUCACGCCACCAAGCUGGAGAUCAAGACUUUUGUUUCAGGAAAUCAGGCAAAGUGGGAAGCGUGUUGGUUAAUUAACUGAUGAGAAACCACAGCAGAAGAUUAACUCAGGGAAUGCUUAUGUGUGGCUGAGGAUUAUCUCCUGUUUACACAAUCCCAUCCCAAAAUCUAGUCCUUCAAAGGUCUACACAGGAAUGCCUUCUUCAACCGACCAAGUGCUGGUCUCCAGAGCCAACCAUGCAGAAGAAACAGUAACAGCGGAAAACUGGAACUCUGAAUUUCAGCUUUCUUAGAAAGAACAACAGUCUGAGAUACUGUGUAAUAUUUAAAUAAGAGGGGACAUAAGAUUACCAUGAUGUUAUGUGCAGAGGCAACAACGCUGACAUGAAGAACAGGUAAUUCAAAAUUUAGCUAUCUUCCUUUUCCUCAACUCCCAGGAAGUCAGAUCUCAUAAGAAGGCAGCAUAAGCUGUAGAAGGGAAACGGCAUUUUUUUUUAAAAAAAAGUUUUUUGUGUGUGUGUUUGAUAAAAGACAAAAUAUGGACCAAAUUGUGCUCAGAGCUCUGGUGAGCUUGGUCUGGAAUUAUUGGAUUUUGAUGGGCUCUGCUAAGGGGGGCAUUGGAGACAAUCAUGUUCACUCCAGUUUUAUUUACCGGAGGUUACGGAACCAUGAAAGGAGAGAGAUUCAGAGAGAAAUUCUGUCCAUCCUGGGUUUACCUCACAGACCCAGGCCUUUUUCUCCUGGCAAACAAGCUUCCUCUGCGCCUCUCUUCAUGCUGGACCUAUACAAUGCUAUGACAAAUGAAGAAGAUGCUGAAGAACUGGAGUAUUCACUGAGAGGAUCUCUGAGUGGGGAGAGCAAAGGGCUAAGGAAAGGGUACCCUGCAACUCCAAAUGGAUACUCUCGGAGACUACAUGCACCACGUACUACACCAUUGACCACCCAAAGCCCUCCCUUAGCUAGCCUGCAUGAUACCAACUUUCUAAAUGAUGCAGACAUGGUCAUGAGCUUUGUCAAUCUAGUGGAAAGAGAUAAGGAUUUUUCCCAUCAACGACGGCAUUACAAAGAAUUUCGAUUUGACUUGACUCAAAUCCCCUAUGGAGAGGCAGUGACAGCAGCUGAAUUUCGGAUUUAUAAGGACCGAAGUUACAGUCGAUUUGAGAAUGAAACCAUUAAGAUCAGCAUUUAUCAGAUCAUCAAAGAGUACCCAAACAGGGAUGCUGACCUCUUCCUGUUGGACACAAGACGUGUUCAAGCAUCUGAUGUUGGCUGGCUUGUAUUUGACAUCACUGUGACCAGCAAUCACUGGGUGAUUAAUCCACAGAAUAAUUUAGGAUUGCAGCUCUGUGCUGAGAUGACGGAUGGUCGCAGCAUCAAUGUGAAAUCAGCAGGUCUUAUAGGAAGACAUGGGCCUCAGUCAAAACAGCCCUUCAUGGUUGCCUUCUUCAAAGCAAGCGAAGUACUUCUUCGGUCUGUCCGAGCUGCCAACAAUAAAAAGAAAAAUCAGAAUCGUAACAAAUCCAGCAGUCCUCAAGAUUCUUCAAGGAUGUCAAGUAUUGGGGAUUAUAACACGAGCGAACAGAAACAGGCAUGUAAAAAACAUGAACUCUAUGUGAGCUUCCGAGACCUGGGGUGGCAGGAUUGGAUUAUUGCUCCAGAGGGUUAUGCUGCAUUUUAUUGUGAUGGAGAAUGCUCAUUUCCUCUCAACGCUCAUAUGAAUGCUACGAAUCAUGCGAUAGUUCAGACUCUGGUCCAUCUGAUGUUCCCUGAUCAUGUUCCUAAGCCGUGCUGUGCCCCCACCAAGUUGAAUGCAAUCUCUGUCCUCUACUUUGAUGACAGUUCAAAUGUGAUUUUGAAAAAAUACAGAAACAUGGUGGUCCGAUCGUGUGGCUGCCACUAGAAUCAGUUUGUAAAUCAGAAGAUCUUCAAGACCAAGAAUUUACUAGACCUGCACUCACACACACACAAAUGGCCUCCCAGAGUUGUCUUUUUCAUUUGUGAGCAGAGAAACUGGAACCAUUUCACAGGAUUCCUCCAAAAGAAGGAGAAAUUACCGACAGUUCUUUUGGGAUGGGGCUACUAUUAGCAGCAACAGGGGCACAGUUUAUUUCUCUGUUCCCCACCCUUAUUUUAAUCUACAAAAGCAAAAGUGCUGGUAGCCUGGCAACCAUUUUGAAUCGCCCACAGAGCCUCAGGCUUAGCAUCAUUCUGAGGCAUGGGGAGGUGUGUGUGUGGAAAUCUUAGCUGCCACCCCCCCCCCCAAAAGUGGAAAAUAUUCGGAAAUUGUUAACUUCUUUCUCUGGACUGAGAAGAAGAAACAUUUUAGAAUUUUCCUUAGAAAUAAUACUUUGGAGAAAUUUCAGCUGUAUUUUGAAUUAUGUAGUAUAAGUGAGAGAUUGCAUCCCCACUUUUAACUUUUUUUCAGAAAAGCAAAGAGACUCCUAUCUCAGUGUAUGCCAUUUUGUAUUUCAUGUACAGUAUUAUGUACAUAGUAGCUUUUAUUUAUUUAAAGAUAUAUAGUUUCUUUUGUUUGGAUGACAUUUCAAAUGCUUUAUUAAUAUGGGUUUAUCUUAGAGUCUAGUAGAACAUUGAAGACAGAUUUUCAGUUAAUCACGCUGUGAUUCAUUUCAUUUUUUUUCAAAAUAAAGCCUUUGUAUAGUGUUCUCUUUCUUUUUAAACUCAGAAACCCCAGAACUCCUGUGACUGUUUUAUAUUGUUAAAGGAAAUUAAAUACAUUUGGCUACGUUGUGCCAAUGAAAACUCUGGCCGGCUAUUUAUUUAGAAAAGGCACUGAGAAAGGGCUGGAAAAAGAUUGCUUAGCUAAACACAAUUGCCAUUUUUAAAAGUUCUCCUCCACUAGAUAAAGUAAGAAGUUAAAUUGCAUUUAAAUAAAUAAAUGUUAGCUUAAAGGUAGAGGCUGAAAGAUUGCACAUAAUGGUGAGAGCUGUUUUCUCUAGCAUAAUACGUGUAACUGUAGGAGCCAUGCUCCUUUGCUAGAGAGUUGCAGAUUUUGCUGGAGGCAGGAAGCUUCUGGAGUUCUGUGGUAACCGCAUAUCGCCUGUGGGCCCAGAACUUUCCAAGUGAACCAUUUGGGAUGGGGAGGGAUGGGAAAUAACAGUACAACCUUCUUACCUCAGUAAGGAAAAGCAGUUGGUCUCUUAUCUCAAACACUACUGCCAUGGAUUUUGUUUGCCUUUACAGAACAAACCCAUGAGCCAGCCUCCCUUCUGGAUAAGAGUGUAUGAAACGGAGCAUAAAGAGAGCCUAACCAUCUCAAACAGUUCUCACAGAGUAUUAUUUCAGUCUGCUUACCUCUUGGAUCACUUAACUGGUCCAUUGUCUGCAUGCCUGCUCAGAUGUAAGCCCUGCUUCAUUCAACGGGGCCACCUCCCAUACCGAUGUAUGUUGGAGUCAGCCGCAUUGAAAACCAAGGGCCUUCGUUCUGAAUAAACUUGUUUAGAUUUACAUUGCAUAUCCUUCCUUUUGGCAUUAUUUAAGAAGAAAUAUGCAUGGGGGGGAUGGCGAUGUGGGAGAACUGCAGAUGGUAGGAGAAUAAUGUGGUCAGCUGUAUGUCAUUUUUAAAAAAAUAUUUAAUUUAUCUCACUGCUGAAUAAUAUCUGAAACAGAUGUUAUAUUUUUUAAUCUUCUAAAAUCUGUUGCCGUACUAAAAACCAUGUCUGGCAGAUAUCUUUUUGAAGAAAAAAAAUGCAUUUCUGUUGCUUUUAACUAUGUUUAACUUACCAUAAAGCCUUAGUUAAACUGCAGUUCAUGUACUGUAAUGUCUAUUAAUACAGAUAUCUAGCUGAAUUGCUGUUUUGAGGAGCAUCUGAGGAAUUAUGAAAGUCUACUCCUGUAAAAGUCUGUGCCAAUUAAUGUGGGAAAGAUUUUUAAAGGAAAUGAAUUUGUUUGUGAUUUAGAUAGGUCGAAGGUCAUGGUGUUUGGGAUGGGAUUUAUUUUAAUUAAAGUUUGAAAAAUGUAUUUUUGGGUACAUUAAAUAAUAUAUUUUUAAAAUAAAGGUGUACCAUUUUGAGUGUA